AUGGGCCAGCCCGCCGUCCAAGCUCAGUACCAAGCGGCCCAGGCCUGGGGCGGAUCCACCAGGAGGCCCAGGCCCGAGGAGGGCCUUAUGGAGGCGCGGCGGCGGUGGGCGCCCUCCUCCCUCCCGGGCUUCGGGCCGUACUUCGACGACCUCCGGACGCACUGGACGCCCGCGGCGCGCUCGCGCUUCCCGCUCUUCUGGCCGCGGGAGCUGCGGCGGGAGCUGCAGGGGACGCUGGCGCUGGACGUCUUCACAGUCGGGGAGCAGGGCGUGGCCCGGGAGUACGAGCUCCUCGGCCGGCUCUGCCCGGAGAUGGUGGCCAGGCGCUCCCUGGAGGAGUACCGGAGUGCCUGGUGCUUGGUGAAUUCCAGGGUGUUGACCUACCCUGGCGACCCAGAGGCCCCCCCGGGACCAGGCGGUGGCCGCGAGGCGCAGAGCGCGCUGAUGCCGUUGUUCGACAUGGUGAACCACGCGCUGCCCGUCCCCCCCCGCCGGCUCAAUACCACCAGCCAGGUGCAGGAGCACCACCGCCAAACGGUCGGCCGCUACGGCGUGCGCGACGCCAGCAUCCCGGGACAGAUCUCUUCUGGGGUGCGCUUUGACCAGAAUUUCGAAGCGACUUGA